ACCAUAUAAAUAAGCUCGUCACAGUCCGUCCCAUCACUAGGUAGUACUGAUAGGUGGAGUUAAUGGACGCCGAAGUAGUUAAACAAGCCACCGUUCAAAAAACAGCGAAGAAGAAGACAGACUCCGACGGCUAGGCUAGGCUAGGCUAGGCUAACUGAAGUAAACAACGUUUCCAACCGGUGUAAUGCGAGCUCCUCUGCGCUGGGUGCUAUGGGAUGUGAAAGACACCCUGCUGAAGGUGCGUGCAUCUGUGGGAGAGCAGUACUGCAAGGAGUCUGAACGAGUGGGCUUGAGCCUCAGUCCUGCGGAGGUUGAAGCUGCUUUCCUCCAGGCAUAUCGACAUCAUUCCAAAAAAUACCCGAACUAUGGCGUCGCUCAGGGCCUGGAUGGACAGACGUGGUGGAUGGCGGUGGUGCGGGUCACUUUCUCCCAGUGCGGGGUUCAGGACCCAGCCCUGCUAAACACUAUGGCCCACAACCUCUAUCAUAACUUUAGCAAUGCAGAGAACUGGGAGGUAUUUCCAGACUCCAACAAGACCCUGGAGCGCUGCUCUUCUCUGGGACUGAAGCUGGGUGUAGUAUCUAACUUUGAUAGCCGCCUGGAAGGGAUUUUACGUGUUUGUGGCUUGCUGUCUCACUUCAGCUUUGUGAUAACAUCAGAGCAAGCGUGUGUAGCAAAGCCAAGUCCAGCCAUCUUUAAACAGGCGCUGCAGAAAUGUGGAGUACCAGCUGCUAGUGUAGCUCAUGUUGGGGACCACUAUGUGAAGGAUUACAUCGCCUCUCGCUAUGUGGGCAUCAACGGCUUCCUAUUGGACAGACACCACAAGCAUGACCAAACUGACGUUCCUCGAGAGCAUCGGCUCAGCUCCCUGGAGGAGCUGCUGGCAAAGCUUCAGCAGCACAUGGAGUAAAGCCAAGCAGUCAUGGGCUAAAGUGCAAAGCUACUCAGCCUAACUGUUUAGGAACUGAUUUAUGGGAUGUAGCCUAGUUGACGUGAGUGGCCUCAACCAAUUUAGAGCUCAAAUGAAAUGCUUCGAAAAGAAAUGUAUGGGUGGUAAUCAUGGGUCGUGAUAAAGAAAUUGUAAAAUGUACAGUGUGUUAUUAUCAUGCAAUUUUACUGUAAAUAAAUUGGGAUCAACAGAGUCUAUCAUAGAAAACUGACCCAUUGCCUUUUUUCAUCUGAUGAAAAGGAUUUUGAGACAGUAUUUGAAAAACAACAAACAUUGCUAAUUCUACCAAUACAUGUUGAAGCACUAAUGGAAAUAAUAAUAAAAAUGUAAUAACCUU